AUGGACGGCUCAGGCAUCGCCAUCGACCCCCAUCUGCCCCGGACCGACAUCAUCGCUCUGGAGAACCUGAUUGGGGAUAUUCGGGAAGCCAGGGCCGCCGUCGCCAAUGACGACGCGCCGGGAGCCGCAGGGCCCGGCUCGGCGCUGACCGCCGACGGGGCCGGCGAAACCAUCAGCGUCGCCCGCAGCGGCAGCCCCAACGGCAGCGGCCUGGGCCUGCUCGCCGGCGACGACCUUGAGGCUGUUGCCAGCGGCCGUGCGACGCCACAUGCCGGCAACGCCGCCACCGACCGCCGCAGCUCUCCGUCGUCAAAGAAGCAACUGCCGACGAGCGACGGUGUUGUCUUGGACAAGGGUGCCCGCCACAAGUUGGCCCAGGAGGCCCUCGAGUCGCUGAGCGACCCCAAGAACCCCAACUUCGAGCCGACCGUCUUCGUCUCGGUCGACCUCAAGGACCUGAAGCUGCCCGCGUUUGUGGACCGCUACCUGCUGCGGCCUUACAUCGGCGUCGCGCAAAAGGUGGUGCGCUACAAGACGGAUGUGGUCAUGCUCACGCACCUGCUCAUCUACUUCACCACCACCAUCCCUAGCGCCCUCUGGCUGUUCUGGAGCUUCACUUGGACCCACGCCGUCCUCCACUUCCUCAUGCAGCUCUUCUACAUGCCCACCUACACCCUCAUGAUGCACCAGCACAUCCACCAGCGCGGCAUCCUGGCCAAGGGCUGGCCCGGCCUGAUCGACUACGCCUUCCCCUUCGUGCUCGACCCGCUCAUGGGCCACACGUGGAACUCGUACUACUACCACCACGUCAAGCACCACCACGUAGAGGGCAACGGGCCGGGCGACCUGUCGUCCACCAUCUACUUCCAGCGCGACAACCCCUGGCACUUUGCCCAGUACGUCGGCCGCUUCUACUUCUUCGUCUGGCUCGACCUGCCCCUGUACUUUUACCGCACGCGCAAGUACAAGCUCGCCGCAAGGUGCGCCUUCUCGGAGCUGGGCAGCUACGCCGCCAUGUACUGCCUGUGGCGCUUCGUCAACGCCCGCGCCGCCUUCAUGGUCGUCAUCCUGCCCUUCCUGCUCCUGCGUCUCGCCUUCAUGGCCGGCAACUGGGGUCAGCACGCGUUUGUGGACUGGGAGGACGCCGACUCGGAUUAUCGCUCCAGCAUCACCCUCAUUGACGUGCCUAGCAACCGCUAUUGCUUCAACGACGGGUACCACACGUCUCAUCACCUGAACCCCAUGAGGCACUGGCGCCAGCACCCGGUAUCCUUCAUCAAGGAGAAGGAGACGUACGCGCGGGAGCGGGCGCUCGUGUUCCACGGGCUUGACUUCAACAUGAUCACCAUCAAGUGCCUGCAAAAGGACUAUAUGUACUUGGCACAAAAGCUGGUGCCCAUGGGCGACCAGAUCCACAUGACGAUGGAGGAGCGAGCCGAGAUGCUCCGGCAGCACACACGCCAGUUCACCAAGGAGGACAUGGCGCGCAAGUUCCGCACCCCGUCGUGA